AUGGACAACAGAAACACCCAGAUGUACACAGAGGGUAGAAUCAAGGUUCCAGGGACCCAGCCAAGCCCUGGCCUGAGGAUCACCAUAAAGCGGGCUGGUGUUGAGCCCACCAUACCAGGAGUCAGCCAGGUCAUGUUUCCAGAUGCUUCGGAAGUGGGCAGCAGGAAGCAGCUCUCAUCAGCUGCAGGAGGGCCAGAGAAGGGGCCCAGACACAGAGACACAUUCAAGGAGGGGCCUUCAGAGCUCAGGACACAGGAGCAGAGACCUCCAGCAAGACCAGGGAAGAAGCAGUCCUCUUGGGUCCCCCAGGAAGGGUCCCAGGAGCUGACAGCAGGCCAGGAUCAGAGUGAGCUGGGGUUGCUGCCUUCCUGGGUUCCUGAAGGACCUGAAGGGCUGGGCUCCAGAAAGGAGAUCGAGGGCCAGCAGAGGAGGCAACGGAACCAGGGAACCGGGGAGGAUGAGCCUCCUGAGAGCUGCCAGGGCCCCGGAUAUCAAUCCACCCUCGGUCACCAGGCAGACAUGGUGCAGCCAGCAGAGCCUUGCUGCCCCUUGGCCGGCCGUGGCCAGCCUCUGGGAGACAAGCGCCCCAAGGAGGCAGAUGUGCCACACAUCAGGCCACAGGAGGCUCCGCCAGAGCCCAGCCCAGGGGUACAUGGGGACAGCUCUCAGGAAGCAAUGCCCCCAAUGUCCAUGGUGGCUCCAGAGGAAAAGAUAGCCAGCUCCUUCCUGCCAUCCACGCCUGGACCUACAAAAACAAAAGGAAGGGGUGAGGCUGUGGAGACCCAGCCAGCACCGGGGCCUCUUCCUCCACCAGAGGUGAGGGACAUUGGAGAGAGGCGGGAGCCGGACUGUGUGCAGCAGCAGCCUCAGAAGCCCGUGGUGGCUGCAGGGACACAGAACCUCGGGAAAUUCCAGCAGGGCUUCAUUAAGUGCUUGCUGGAGGUGGAGAAAGUGGAAGCCUCCCAUCGGAGAGCCUUGAAGGCCCGGUCCCUGACAGCCCAGAAGUCCCCCAGGACCCUGACCCCAGGGCCCACCUCAUCCCCAAGCCUGCCUCAGACCCCUGCCUCAGCCCCUGCCAGUGGCCCAUUGUGGGCCAGGCUGUCAGCUCCUGGGCCAGACCCUGCCCCCGUGGGAGCCCCGGUCCCCACCUCCAUGCCUUGCCCUGUCCUGCUGUGCCCUGCCCUGGACCUGGGCUGGAGAAGGAUGGAGCUCUUGCACCACAGCAGCGAGAGAACCCUGAGCUACGCCAAGGCACGGCAGGAGCCGGAAGAGCAGAGCCUCCAAAAGCUGCAUCAAAACCGGGAAAAGUCCGAGGAGCAACUGACCCUGAAGCAAGAGGAAGCCUUUCGCAGCUACUUUGAGAUCUUCAAUGGCCCUGGUGAGGUGGAUGCACAGAGCCUGAAGAACAUCCUGCUCCUAAUGGGCUUCUCUGUGACGCCGGCCCAGGUGGAGGACGCCCUGAUGAGUGCUGAUGUGAAUGGAGAUGGUCAUGUGGAUUUCAAAGACUUCUUGGCUGUGAUGACAGACACCAGGCGCUUCUUCUGCUCUGUGGAACAGAACGCCCUGACGGACAUGGCUCCCCACAACCCCCACACUCUACUCUUUGAGAUCCUGUCCCUGCUGGUAGAGAUGCUGGCCUUACCAGAGGCAGUCUUAGAGGAAAUCACAAACUACUAUCAGAAAAAGCUGAAGGCAGGCACCUGCAAGGCCCAGGAGAUGGAAGCGGCCAUAGGCCGGCUGCGGUUGCAGAAGAAGCUUCCCUAUAACCCCCAGCAAGAAGAGAGCUCAGAAGUCUCAGAACGAAAGGUCCUCAGUAUCCUCAGCCGGCUGAAGCAGCAGAACUAUGCUCCCAACCUGCAGAGCCCCUAUGCCCAGGUGCCCUGCAUCCCGCUCUGCCCGCGGAUGGACAAGAUGGUCCGCAGGAAGCCGACCAACCACUAUCUUCAAGACCAGUGCACACCCCCUGGCCUGGAUCCUGACAUCCGUAGCCCCUUCUUCCAGUCACGAGCUCGAGGAAACAGGGAACACAACUCUGACAGCAGAAAGUGGCCCAGCUCUGUGCCUUCUCAAACCCACUGA